AUGGAUUUCCCUGCCAACUUGUGUAUACGUCCAUUGACUAUAAGCGAUCUCAUCCAGGUCGAGGAAUUGGAGGCAGCAGUGUUACCUGAAGACCGAUGCGCUUCGAAGGAAAUCCUCAGGUAUCGACUUACAGUAGCUCCCGAAUUAUGUUGUGGACUCUUUCUUAGAGAAUACAUUCCUGAGUUCAAUCAAGUGAAUUUGCCAGAAGUUGCCGAGAGAAUCAAUAAAGAACACCAUGAUCAUGUACAUCAUGCUGCCAUUCAGCCCGAUGAGCCAGGGAAGUCAUCUGUUGUUAGGGAAACGUUAGUGGGCCACGUACUUGCGACCAAAAUCCGGGGUUCAAAAAUUCCUGCGGAUUCGACUGAAUUGCUAGUCGAGGGAAAAUCGCAAGCGGGCCACGACGAACGAUCACGAAUCAUUGGGAUUCAUUCAGUAUGUGUUUCUUCAGAAUGGAAAAGAAGAAACCUAGGAACAUUGAUGUUACACGACUAUAUACAAAAGUUAUCGAACCAAGAUUUGGGAGACCAAAUUGUUUUAGUGUGUGAUUUGGAUAUGGUCAAUUUCUACGCCAAAAUAGGGUACGUUCAACUUGAUGAGAGUGAGCAAUUGGAGGGAGGAAGAGUUAACAUGACUAUUGAUUUAAUUCCAGAAGAGAUAUAA